AUGGAGCUGGAAGGAUCUGCUAAUAAGAGAGAUUUAUCUGGGGAAGGCUACAGAGACACUAUUGGUGAUGAGCACUUUCAUCUAGAAGUGGCUUUGCCUCCAGAGAAGACAGAUGGAGUUUGCAGUGGAGAUGAAAAGAAAGCAGAAAAAGAAAGUGACACACGCACAAGUUCCAAGAAGCAACUGAAAUUUGAAGAAUUGCAAUGUGAUGUGUCAGUAGAGGAAGAUAACAGGCAAGAAUGGACCUUCACACUGUAUGACUUUGAUAACAACGGAAGAGUCACACGUGAGGAUAUUACCAGCUUGCUUCAUACCAUCUAUGAGGUAGUUGAUGCAUCAGUAAACCAUUCUCCUAGUUCCAGCAAAACUCUGCGAGUGAAACUUACUGUGGCACCAGAUGGCAGCCAGAAGAAAAAGAGUAUCUUGUUAAAUCACACUGAUUUGCAGGGUACCAGACAUAGAGCUGAAAACAAAGCUAGUGAAGAAGCAAGAGGCUCUGAGAAGAAGCAGAGGGCCUCUCUCAGAUACCACCAGAGUGAGAACAAUCCAGAGCAAAGUGGGUGCUAUCGUCAUUGUGUUGAUGAGAACAUUGAAAGGAGAAACCACUAUUUGGAUCUUGCAGGAAUAGAAAACUACACAUCAAAGUUUGGUCCAGGAUCUCCUCCAGCAGCUCAAAAACAUGACCCACCAGGCAGAAUUGUGAAUCAGACUAGAUCCCGCUCUCAUGAGCCUGAAACCUUCCAUGCUCACCAUAGGAAAUCUCAAGUGGUGGAUCCAAGCCACAUCAAUCUGGCUGAAAGUUCAUAUGCCAAGAUUACAGAAAUCCAACAGAGGCUCCGGAACCAGGACUCAAGCAAGCACUUUGUGAGGUCUCCUAAGGCCCAGGGCAAAAACAUUGCCCCUGUGCAUCCUGGAAGGGCAGUUAGAAACAAACCUUUUCAAGGGAUGCCCAUACCAAUGGCUUCCCCAAGUGCACGGGUGGGCCAGAAUCUUCCUUACCUCCCCUUGCAAUCUCAACAGGUUCACAAGAAGCAUAAGCAGAGGGCAAAGGAGAAUCACCAAAUGUGCAAAACCUUCCAGUCUCCGGGGACAGUUGUGGAAAAGGAACAUGUGAGAGACCUGCCCACAGUCAUUUUAUAUGAAGGCCAGGUUGGACAAAUGAUACAAAGACAUGAACACCACCACCACCACGAGCACCACCACCACUACCACCACUUCUACCAGACAUAG